UCAUCUACAGUGUGUUGUUAAUUAAAAUCAGCAACAGAUCGCAUGUAGAGCAUUUUGACAUAAAAACAACUGGAGAUUGUGCAGCAGAUUUAUGGGUCUGGUAACAUUUUAUUAAAUCGGAAUCGGAGCAUAAUGUUUCUGUCACUUCCUGAUCAGCCUGAAGGCUGCUGGAAUCGGCUGGAAAACUGUCCGACUUGACAGCGGAUUUUUAUUCAGUUCAUGUCGAACGAGCCUAUUUUGCCUUGUUGUUGUUGCCAACUACAGUCGCUAAAAGCGUAAUGGAGACCGACUUGCCUUUCUCAUCUCGUCGGUCACCUGUGGUGUGUUUACACGGCUGCGUGGCGUCCAGUCAGCGGCUAGCUUCCAGUAUAGGAGUCGACGUCCUGAAGCGUGGGGGUAAUGCAGCAGAUGCUGCGGUUGCCAUUGCAGCAGCGCUCGCGGUAACCGAGCCGUUCAGCACCGGUCCGGGCGGAGACGCCUUCUGCUUGUUCUACAACGGAAAAACUGGAGGGAUCCGAGGGAUUAACGGAAGUGGUCGUUCGCCCAGAGCUCAGACCCUGGACUUCCUGGAAGGACUUGGUUACACUGCGGAGAACCCCCCUUCACCUUCCGAUGCCUUGAAUGUCACAGUACCAGGGGCCCCUGCAUGCUGGUGCGACACCGUACAGCUGUUUGGUAGUCACAAGCUGUCCUUGCAGGAGGUGCUGAGCGCGGCGGCAGAGCUCGCAGGGGUGGGGUUUCCUGUUGCCGAGGUAACAGCUCACCACUGGGAAAAAUUGGUGGCUGCUCUGAGAGAUGCUGGGAAGGAACUAAAUAGAGACCUGCUGAUUGAUGGUCAAGCGCCAAAAUGUGGACAAGUAUUCAGAAACCCUUCCCUGGCCAAGACUCUGAAGAAACUGGGUGAGCGCGGGAAACCAGCUUUUUACCAGGGCAGAGUGGCCGAAGCCAUCGUCGAUAUCAUUAACCAAAAUGGAGGAGUCAUGACUCUGGAUGACCUCAGCAGCCAUGAAAGUGAGGUCGUCACCCCCAUAAGCACAGAAUACAAGGGUGUGCGUCUAUGGGAGCCUCCUCCAAACAGCCAGGGAUUGGUUGCCCUGCUACUGCUCAACAUCCUGGGGAACUUCCCUCUCAGAGCUGCUGGCCACAACAGCUCGGACUACAUCCAUGUACUGGUGGAGGCCGUGCGCUUGGCACAAAUAGACGCUCUGUGUUACCUGGGCGAUCCAGACCAUGUUACCAUCCCUCUGGAAACCUUACUGGACAAGAGCUACAGUCACCAGCGAGCGCAGCACAUCAGCAUGAACAGGACCAUGGAAGGAGUGCAGCCUGGCUUGACAACAGGAUGUGACACAGUCUAUUUCUGUGUGAUUGACAGUCAGGGCAAUGCCUGUUCUUUCAUCAACAGCAUAUUUGCUGGCUUUGGAACUGGGCUGGUCCCUAAGGAUUGUGGAUUCUCACUCCAGAAUCGUGGUGCCAACUUUUCUCUGCAUCGUAACCAUGUUAACUGUGUUGCUGGGGGGAAGCGGCCAUAUCACACCAUAAUACCUGCACUUCUCACUGACUCCGCAACCACAUCACAAAAACCACGACUCCUCGCUGCGCUGGGGGUGAUGGGGGCUUUUAUGCAACCUCAAGGACACGUCCAGGUGUUGUUAAACAUGUUGGAGUUUGGGAUGAAUCCUCAACAAGCUCUGGAUGCACCAAGAGUCUAUGUACAGUAUGACCGCACAACUGAUGAGUGGUCGGUUAAUCUGGAGGAGGGGGUCCGCCAGGAGGUAGCCGAGGAGCUGAAAAGACGGGGCCACAAAGUCAGCUGGCCAAUCACAGGUCACAAGAGGUCUCAGUUUGGGCGGGGACAGAUCAUUACAGUAGGGGAUUGGUGGAACCCAUCUGUCAAUCAAGCUGAUGGUCCAUACAGGGUGCUGUGGGCGGGAUCAGACCCCAGAGCGGAUGGAUGUGCUCAGGGAUAUUAAACAUACCUGACCUCCUCUCCUCUUCCCUGCAGAUGUAAUAUUCUGAUAAACUGAUUACAAAACUUUCUGUAGGCAAAAUCCUUUAUGUGUAGAGCAAAAGUACUAUACAUAUUUGGUGGUAAUUUACAGUAACCUUUUUCCUUUGGUUUCUUUAAUGAGACGAUUGGUUUUAUGACAACAACUUAGGUUUAUAACACAGUCAUAGCACCGCAUCAUAGCAUAGCACGUAAGUUUCUCUAUUCAUCAUAUGUCCCUCCACAUCCUCUUAAGUCCAAAUUGAAAAACAAAUCUUUGUGUGACAUUACAUGACAUACCAAAGAUGCCCUUCUUCAACCCUGGUUGAGAUAAUUAUCUGUUUCAAUGUUUUUAAUUAGUUGCUGCCGGUCUAGAAACGACAACAAUAUCAUAUACAUAUAACCCUCUUUCGUCAAUGAAAUGAUGAUCAAAUGAUAGGCUAUAGAUAUAAUCUUUUCUCUGGGUGACUUUUUACAAAACAAAUUGAAUUUAGAUAAUGUAAUGUGAUUCAAUUCAAUCAUUGUUAUAUCUUCAUUCAAGUUCCCUUUGCAUCAUUUUC